AUGAGGCCCACGGGAAGGAGGAGCAGGACUUCGAACAAGAAAGCAUCAACUAACAAGACACCCCAGUCGACGCCGGCGGCGGAACCAGUGAUUCAGCAGUCCGGAGACAUCAACCGGGCUUCUGUUACUUUUCUCGUUCCAUUGUCGAGUGCACAGCCAUCAGCGUCGACCGCACAGGCUCCAGCUGAUCCACCGUCUUCACUUUUCACCACCCAUCACGUCCCAGAGGACGAAGUGAGUGCCGCCAAAGAAGCUAUACGCCAAGCGGGUCUGAUGAUGGAGCAGAUGAAAGUGGUGCGCGAAGCCAACCAAGCUGCCUAUGAUGCUAGCUCAGCCCUCCAGGCCAAUGUCCAGAGAUCUUGUGAACUUGGAGCUCGGUUUGUUGACUUGGAGCAGAAGCAGAUCCAGCUCAAUCUUGAUCUGGGGUUAGCCAAGGAGAACUUGCAGAAGGCUAAGGAUGAUGCCGUUGAAAAAAUGAAUCAGGCUUUGGCGAAGAAGGAUCUUGACCUUGCAGCCGCACAGAAAACAGUAGAAGAGAGAACGACACUCGCCGACCAGAAGUUGGCCUCAGUCGCAAAACUGGAGGAAGAGAACACCAAGUUGAAGGCUGCCCUUGAUGAAGCCAACAGGGAGAAUUCUGCUAGAACUUCGAGGAAGAGACUGGGCGGAUUGAGACGAACUUGGACCAUCCUCUCCCCUGUUAAGGAUGAAGCUGCCAUGAACGUGCCCCGACUGGAGUCUCGCCUUGCCAGUGUCAUGGACUAUCUUACAUGGCUGAAGGUGGCAAUGUCACGGAUUGACACGACACUCUGGCCAAGGGCGACGCUCCAGAAUGACCUCGAGUCUCUGAUGAUUCGAUUCAAUGAGAUCCCCAGUCGAGUGCAGGAAUGGAAGAAGUCUUCUGCCCGGUGUGGUGCUAACGUGGCUCUGUCUCUGGUUCGCGUCCACUGUAAGGAGGCCAAGGAAGAGAAGCUAGCAGCGCUCAAGGUGGCCAAUACCAAGAGACUUGACUUCUAG